AUGCAGCGACACCGAUUAGUUCUUUCUCUGGCUAUUGCCUCAUUGUUGGCCUGCGCGCUCGGGGCUCCAAACGGGAUCACUGGACGCGUCGUUGGCGGCGAAGAUGCGACAUACGCGCAAUUUCCGCAUCAGAUAUCGUUGCGUAACGGUGGUUCGCAUAGCUGUGGAGGUUCGAUUAUCGGUCGCGAGUGGGUUUUGACGGCUGCCCACUGUGUGGGUAGCUUUGAUGAGAACAACGAGUACUAUACAUAUCCCAAGGAGCGGUUUAGCAUUCGAGCUGGCACCAAUGAUCGCCUUGCGGGCGGAGUCCUUGUCAAUGUUGUGGAGAUUAUUGUUCAUGAGGACUACGGCAAUUUCUUGAAUGAUGUUGCUCUCUUGCGUGUGGACGAGCCCUUCAUCUAUACGGAAACUCUCCAGCCAGUAAGAUUGGCUUCUGUGUAUACGCCUGCCAAUGCUGAUAUCAUCAUUUCGGGAUGGGGUCGUAUUAAGGCUGGAGGCGAUCUGCCGCGUUACUUACAAUGGAACACACUGACCUCGGCGUCGCUUGAGGAGUGCGAAAACCGCAUCGGUUGGGGCAAGCCUGGAAUUCUAUGCCUAUUGCACCCGGCAGAUAAUGGUGCCUGCAAUGGGGACUCUGGCGGACCUGCUCUCUACAAUGGCGAAGUAGUCGGCAUUGCUGGUUUUGUUUAUGGAGGCUGUGGCAAUAUCUAUCCAGAUGGCUAUGCACGUGUUUACUAUUUCCGCGACUGGAUUAAACAGCACUCUGGUGUUUAAAAGACAAUUCACAUACUUAAUUCAUAUCUUUCUGAAACCCACGAUGUCUUACAGUGUGUUUGAAAAGCAUUUAGUUUAGCUUUACUUAAGUUAAAAAAAAAACAACUUUUUUUCUACAAUUAUAAUUUUGUUUGCCAAAA